CUUGGGGGGGGGGGGUGGUUCCAUCAUGGCGUCAAUGCAGAAACGACUACAGAAAGAACUGUUGGCUUUACAAAAUGACCCACCUCCUGGGAUGACUUUAAAUGAAAAGAGUGUUCAAAAUUCAAUUACACAGUGGAUCGUAGAUAUGGAAGGUGCACCAGGUACCUUAUAUGAAGGAGAAAAAUUUCAGCUUCUAUUUAAGUUUAGUAGUCGAUAUCCUUUUGACUCUCCUCAGGUCAUGUUUACUGGUGAAAAUAUUCCUGUUCAUCCUCAUGUUUAUAGCAAUGGUCAUAUCUGUUUAUCCAUUCUAACAGAAGACUGGUCCCCAGCGCUCUCAGUCCAAUCAGUUUGUCUUAGCAUUAUUAGCAUGCUUUCCAGCUGCAAAGAAAAGAGGCGACCACCAGAUAAUUCUUUUUAUGUUCGAACAUGUAACAAGAAUCCAAAGAAAACAAAAUGGUGGUAUCAUGAUGAUACUUGUUGAUGCCACUAUUAUCAUCCUCCUAGCAGAAGAUAGUCCUACUGAGAAAAUGAGCACUUUGAUCAUUCAGUCUUUGAACUUUAACCUUUGACUGGAAGUGACCUAUAGGCAAUGAAGACUACUUCCUUUUACUGCAUUUUUACUCGUGUGCAUUCUGGGCGCAUGUUGAUCGCUGGUUCAGUCCAGGCAACUGACAUGCUUUUAUUAGUCAUACAGUAUUAAUGCAGGUGUCAGGAAAUGUCAAAUAUAAUUCCAUUUUUUUAUUUUUAUUUUUUUAAGCUUUUGGAAAAGUUCCAGGUCCUCACGUAUUGUGCAAUAACAAUGACUUCCUUGGCGGUUUUGGAACGUUCAUUGCCGGCAAUGGACGUAAUAGGAAAAGUUUUCAUUAACUCCUGCCACCAAAUGAUUAAUGCAUGAUAGGGCCUAUGAAAUGAACUUAUCGGGUAUAAUGGGAUUAUUAAUAAAGUGAGGGAUCCAACAUUACUUUGAAAGUCACCCUAGCUGUUUAUAUUUGGAUUCUAUGCACUGUGAUCCUAAGGUUAACAGCAUGACUUAACAUGCGUCUUUAAAGGACUGUAAUGAAAGAUCAUUGCGUAUUUAUUGAACUGUUUAUAUCUGCUGUCAGAUUGUUUUGACAUGGAAGGUUUUCAAGUAACAUUGGCAGAGAGGUACAAUAUGUUAUCCCUAUGGUGAAAAUAAACUCAUUUGUUGUAUAUAGUUCCUCAAUCUCUGAAGUAAAGGUAUGAGUAAUAUAGGGUAUGAACGGUUUAAUCAAGGCUUUUUGGGGGGAGUAAGAAAAAUGGCAAUGAUGACUGAAUUGCUGCAGUCCGUAAUUUGGGCUUGUUAUUUAUACAUUGAAGAUUUUUCCAAGUAGAUUACACGCUGUUACUUCCUGCUAGCCAUCAGCAUGAGCCCUGCUGCCUAAACACUAUUUCACUUAUUUAUGUUUGAAAAAUCCAUAAACAUUUUUGUUUGCAAUCUUGUUUUCUUUUAUUGUUCCAAGUCAAGUUUGAAUGUUACAAUACUUUUAAGUGAAAAACUUUUGUCAAGUUUUUUUCUUGUAAAUUUUCUUUACUUGUAUCAUCUUGUCCUUCAAUCCUGUACCUUAAAAUAAGAAAUACAUUUUUGACAGAGGCUUAAUGUUUUAACAAAAGAGUGUGGACAUUUUUAUUUUAAAAUUUAGGCAGAAGUACACUAUAAAUUUGUAUGUUUGCUUAUUUGUCUCACACAACCAUAUAGUUUUUCUGGGUGGGAUUUGUUUUGCUUAGUUUUCUUGUUUAAAAGACUUUGCUUGUAGCUAGAUAAAAUUUUUCUAUAGAAAAAAUAAUUGUUGGAAGGUCCAAUUCUCAGUACCAUGUAAAUGUUAACUGCAGCUAGGUUCUCUUUUUAAAAAGCAAUUAAUGUAUUUUAUAAAUUACCUUUUCACAUAUGCAAAAUCUGUUUCUACUACAAUGUUAUUUUUACUAAUGCCUUAUUGUUGCACUCUUUUUGAAAUAUCCAGCAGUGAAUAUAUAAAUCAAUUUGGGCUUAGAAAUAAAAGCCAGUUGGCUGAAAGGUUUGAGAUAUGUACCCCAGGAAAAUCAUCCAAUCUAUAAUUGGCAAAAACUAUUAAAAUGUUUAUUUUAAUCUCUGUGUAGAUGACAUUUUGUAGCUCUGUACAUGUUAUUAAUUAAGGGCAUAUAAUUUUACACUCAAAAGAAGUAUAAUUACUGAACUCAGGGGUGGGUAGACUUCAAAAAUAUGUCUGCUGUAGAAAUAACUUGAAGGGGAGAAAAAAAAAAAACAUGGCCAGCCACCAAAUUGUGGACAUUGUUUAUAAAACUACUAAUUAGCAACUACCACUUUUUAAAAAUUAAAAACUUUUUGUUUUUGUUCUAUCUUGACUAGAGAUAUACACUAGUUCUCACACUGUCUCUAUCAACCUAAUUAGUUAGCUUGUUUAACUAGGACAGAAAUGUGUUUUGGAAUGCUUUGAACUAUUAAUUUUUAACUGCCUUUCCAAUAUGAAAUUUGCAGCUGUAAAUUAUUUGUUUUCGUAUUUUACGUAACUGCUCUAAACUACUGAUUGACUUGAUCAUUUUCUGGGGGGAAAUCUCCAUACUGCUGGUCCUCUUACUAGAAUCCUUUUGUAAUGAAAUGACCUGUGACAUUUCUUACCAAAGGAAUUAUUAAUAUACCAGGUCAAAGAUUAACAACACUAUACUAUACAUUAAUAGGUCAUACUAGCCUCAAUUGAGUUUUUUUAAAAAAAUGACAGUGUUUUAACAUACCUCUCUCUUCAUACAGACUGAUUCCAGAAAGUAGAUUAAAGUGAAGCAGAGGAAAGUAAAGGAAAGCCAAAUAAUUUCAGUACAUUUUAUCCUUUAAAGAGAAGAAAAUCAUAAUCAGAUAAAGAUAAAACCUUAUUCCUCACUCUCUUGAAUUUAGGAAUUAUUGAAAACUCCUUUGCACUUAGAUUUAAUUAUGAAGUUAAUUUCAAAUGUAAGUUACCUUAUUAAAAAACCUAAGAAAUUUGUCAGAGUCAUUGCUCUAGAAAGAGUGAUUCAUUUCUUUGUAAUAAAAAGAAUGUUUCUCUGUAAUGUGUUGUUAAAUGACAACUAAAAUAUCGAGAAAAUGUACAUAGGCCCAUGCUUGCUUCUCUCUCUCCUCUGCAUCCCCACCAUGGGGCACUAUUUGCUACAUAGGCCUACAGAAUUAUACUUCAUAUUUAGGAUAUAUGUGCUCUCCUUUUGAAUUUAUUUAUUUAUUUAUUUUAGAUCAUUGUUUUGCUUUGCCAGAUUCUCUUAAGUCAGUGAUACAUUCAAUUCCUUAUUUAUGCAUGCUUAGAUCAGAAACUUGUGCCCUCUCAAAAAAAAAAAUAUUUUGUCAGGUAUUAAUGCCAUAGAUUUUGAAGGGAGAGACUGUAUCCAAUUUGUUUUAUUUUUUGGAGAAUUUUAAAACAAUGUGUUUUAUGGCUGUUCUCAUAAGGAAUUAAUAUUCACCUCUAAAGGACUUGUAUAAUUCUUCCUUUUAACUAGCAGGGAAAUAAAGCUUUUUUUUUUUUUUUAAUCUCUAGAAGAAAAUGCUGAAAACAGCUUUUAUAUAGUCAAUAUGCAACUGGGGAAAGAUCUUAAUCCUUGUUGUUUUGACUAGGUACAUAAGUAUUCGGUAUAAAGUAACUAGAUUAGUUCAUAACUUGUCCCUUCUGAAAUUUUCCAUAUAUGCAACAAAAUAUAUAUCAGAAUCCUAUGUUGGAUAAUAAUUUCUUCAGAUUCUAAAACAGGUAUCUAGUGACUGCUUAAUUGUUCCCAAAUUGCAUCAAAGAUGAAUUGACAAAUAAAUAAUGGAAAUGGGUAGUGAUGUGGAAAUGAUAUGUAACUACAUAUUAUUUGUUUCUGGUAGUCAAGUCUUAUUUUUAAAAGAGCCUAUUGUUUUUGAGAAUUGGGACAUUUAAAACUUGUUAAAACUUCUUGCUAAAAAGAGAAGAGAAGAGGUAUUGUGUGUUCAAAACUUUUUUGAAUAAAGAAUUCUGUGUCACUA